AUGAUAAUGGGGAACCCUCAGAUGACCUGGUACCUGCCAUUCUGGACACCGCCCAUCAGUACAACAUCCAGGUAUGGCUCCCAUGGUGCAUUUUACCGCUACAAGAACAGCAUGGGCAAAAGCCUUCCACUCUUUUAUAUCUACGACUCAUACCUGACAUCCCCUGAGGCCUGGGCGCACCUCCUGACACCAAAUGGGCCCCAUUCUAUCCGCAACACACCCUACGAUGGAGUCUUCAUCGCGUUGCUGGUGGAGGAGGGCCACACCCAUGACAUCCUCGCAGCAGGAUUUGAUGGCAUGUACACCUACUUUGCUUCCAAUGGUUUCUCCUUUGGCUCCUCCCAUCAGAACUGGAAAGCUGUGAAGAACUUUUGUGAUGCCAACAAUCUCAUGUUCAUUCCCAGCGUGGGGCCUGGCUACAUUGACACCAGCAUUCGGCCCUGGAAUAACCACAAUACUCGAAACAGGGUCAAUGGCAAGUACUAUGAGACAGCGCUGCAGGCAGCCCUGACAGUGAGGCCAGAGAUCGUCUCCAUCACCUCUUUCAAUGAGUGGCAUGAAGGCACACAGAUUGAGAAGGCCAUUCCCAAGAAGACGCCCACUCGCCUAUAUUUGGACUACCUGCCUCAUCAGCCCAGCCUGUACCUGGAGCUGACCCGCCGCUGGGCAGAGCACUUCAUUAAGGAGAAGGAGCAGUGGCUGAUGUGAGGCCCCUGGACGCUGACAUGCAGGCCGUGCUAGAUGUCACCAUGCAGGCUCAGCCAAGGGUAUAGGCACUCACUGGCCCCCAAGUCAGCAGCUGGGUGCUUCUGGGUGGCCAUUAAGCCGGGCCCAUGGAGAACAGAGCCUAUUGCUCUGGGAGCGUGGUGGGGCCCACUGCAGGGAUGCAAAGCAAGGUGGUGUUCCAGAGAGAAGGGUGGAAGCUGACAGGUGACUGCUCGUAGCCUAGGGCAGCUCCAUGUCCUUAGGCCACUUUUAUAUAAUCUCUUCUGGCUUUGAACUCUGUGCAGGUUGUUGUAUGGUGAAGUCACGCAGUUCCUGCCCUUGGGUUUCAGCGCUCUGAGCUAGCAUGCACCCUACUCCCUCUGCCAGUCUGUGUCCCCUUUUCAGGCCUCCUCCCUCAUUGUGUCUUCUUGAAGAUAGGGAACCACUGUUGAGACUUUCUAACAGGGAACUUACAGGUUUAAGUUCCUUCCAGUAGAUUAUCCAAUUGUCAGGGAACAGUCCUGAGCAGUCACACUUACUCAACACCGAGCACCUUAGUAGUGCUCAGUGCUGGGAAAACCUGACCUAGGAAUGGCUCCUGUCCUCCCAAUGCUUCAGGAUCCAGUUUUCUUUAUUUGGCGUGGCCUUGUAGCUAGUGCCUGGGCACAGUUGUAAGUUUUUCUUUUUUGGCAAUUUUACCCAGUGUUAAUUCAGUUCUUUUCCCUCUGAGAAAAUACCUCUCCCGAGCUUAUUAUCCCUGAUGAACAUCUUGCUCUUGGGAAAGAACUAGGACAUCUCCCUUCAGCUCCCUGAACUGAACGAGCCCUCUCACUGGAGCCACUUGGAGCACUACUGUGAUCUGUAUUAAAUACAAAGUGGUUUUCUCAAGUACACAUUCCUUUCACUCUAAGACCUCAUGAAUUCUGACCUGUUAGAUUCUGACAUGUGGCCUGGGCUAGCUGUAGUUUUAGCACAAUGAAGAAUGGGUUUGCUUGAGAAAUUACUAGUUUAAAUUGUUUUCUAAAGGGAACAAUUAACAAGCCAGUGCUUAUUUACAAACUAAUACACUAAUUUUAGGGAGCCUCAUUGAAGUAGGUCCUGGAACACCUUGGCAAGAUUCUUAGGAUAUACUUGAAAUAAUGUGCAUUGGAAACCACUAGACUGAGAGGAUGAUGGGCUCAAGACUGAAUCAUAAUUCUGGGAAAUGGGGUAGCGAGGAAAGGGGAGGAAGUAGACCCCAGGUCAUCUCAAGGACACCCAGCCUCAUUUAGGUUGCUGACAUUAAACUCUACCACAGAGAUGAACAGCCCUGGCUACUGGGCUUGUGGCUUAGGGGAGGAAACCAAGGCAGGCAGGACAGUUGAUAGGGCUGAAUGCUGACAUAGUAGUUUCAUUUCAAGGGGGGAAAACUGGAAAACUAAGGCAAGGCCAGCAAGAAGGGGCAGCUACCCUUAUGCUCUCCUGAUGGCAAAGAAACUUGAUUCAGUUCUUCUGAAGGCUAAUCUACAUCAAGAGCCAUAAAUGCAUAUGUAUACUUUGAUCUAAUCAUCUUACCCUGAGGAAAUAAUUUAAAAAAGAAAAAAAUAAACGAUUUACAAAUGUG